AUGGAAUCAAGAGCGACGAUCAUCAACGUCUUGAACACUACGGGUAUUGUGACGAUCGAGCGCGGAUACGAAAUACUCGCGGACAUCAAGAAGGUCGGCGGAUUUUUCCGGCCUCAGCCGGUGGGCGACGUCGUCGAGCCCAAGUCCUGGAUUGUGAAGGCCAGGACCGACGAGCGUGCGCGCACCAUCGCCAAACAGCUGAAGAAGAGCGCCCGGUCCUCUGGGCUACACGCGCAGGACACCCGGGGUUUUUUUGCGGUAGAAAGUCAAGGCCCGUGCUGACCCUUCCCGCCCAACAUCCAUCGCACCCUGGACUUCGAGCCUCCUGUACGCGAACAGACUUUUGCCUGGUCGACGGUGAGGUCCUCGAACUCCCUAUCCAUGGCAUCCCACAGCAGGAAUGAGGAGCUAAUGCGUCCACCCUGUCCACCGGAGAAGAACAGCGUGUGGGCGUGCUCUCUGGUGAACAUGGACGGGGAGAGGGUCGCGACCCAGUGUGCUUCCGCCCGGCCGGGGUCCAUCGGAGCGGCGCUUGUCGGGCAGAUCCAGGUAUGACUCGGCACGUACUCGCCGUCGUUGAUGAGCCACUGGACGACGAGUUGAGGAGACACGGCAAGGCUUCGAACGUUCUCCUGCGAGGCCGACGCCGCCACCCAGCCCCACUCUCAGCGGCGCCGCAUCAUCGCGGACUCCACAGAGACCACCUCCAUCCAUGGACGAGUGUCAACGUCGCCUUCCUCUCCGGUUCGGGUAAUCCUACGCCCUCUGGACAGCCGGGGUCGGGGGGGGCGGGUAGUGGUGGACCUGCCCGCCGUGUUGGAAGGCCGGCCGACCAGCCUGUUUUUUGACCCGGUCACGGGCACGUUCGCGGACAAGCUCGUGACUCUGUAUUCAGGCCGUGGCAACGUUGAGCAUAAACAAGAGGUUCGACAACAACAACCGUCUCAACGCGGCUAUGCGCAAGCAUCUGCGCGACCACGCGGAACUUGGCGGCAGGGAACCAGGUUCAAGAUCGUCAUGAAGCCCCUCGAGAACACGCAGACAUUCGACUGAUAACAAGACCUUGGCAACGA